CUAUUUUUUUGUAGUGUUUCAACAAUAUAUUUCUUUGUUUUUGUAUACUUAACCUACACCAGAAAAGGUCUAAUACCUGAAUUCGCUUUCGAAUUGCUACCAUAAAGAAUAUUUCGAAAGUGUAGUCAAAGUGCAAUUUUUAAGUCUAAAAUAGAUUGUGAAAAUAAAUAUUUGCGAAAUAAUAAUAAAUAUGCGAGGAAAAUACAACAGAGUUUAUAAGCAAAAUAUUAUAAAAGUAUAUAAAAAUAAAUAAAAGAAGAAUAAGAAAAAAGUGUUGAAAGUAACCAAGAAUAUUAAAAAUGUAAAUACCUGCAAUAAAAUCGUUUUCAAAAAAAAUUGCCUAGUGAAUAAUAAAGACUAAAACCACCUAUAUACUUGUAUAUUGUAACUCAAACAAGUGAACUUCGAAAACUCUUAUUACUAAAAGUUGGCAAAACUUCCUGUUAAAACAAAUCAACAACAAGUUUACUAAAACAACUGCCAUACGCCACCUAGUGCUGAGUGCCCUAAGAGAAAUAGUGAAGUGGAAGAAAAACAGCUAAAUCAUUGCCCACCGCGCUUAGAUGAUUAUGCAUGGUACCUGGUACAAGGGACCACAAUUGGCGCAUCGCACACAUACGCACAGCGAUUACCAUCGGGAUUAUACACCAGCACAUCACAUACAAUCCCACCAUCUGCAACCGCAUCUCCACCAUCAUCAGCAUCAUCAUCCACCGCCGCCACCACCACCGCCGUCGCAUUCGCAUCAUCAUACACAUCCUCAUCAGUACCGUUCAUAUCCUUCGUUUGUUGUUGCACCGUAUCAUGAGUCGGCGUCCAGCGCCACCCCAACACCCGCAUCAACACCCAUACCAACACACGCUACAGCAGCGUGCUUGAACGGUGUGCCAGCACCGAUUUUGGUAGAGGGCGCUUUUGCCGCCGCCGCUGCUGCCACCAAUUCAACCGUCGGCAUUAAUCAGUUGGCGUCGGUGUUGAGUCCAACAAUUAAAAUUGAACAACCGUUCGGCGAGCCCUUGUCGGUGGAUGAGUAUGCGUUAAAUUUGGAUUGCGGUCUCGACAAUACAUUUCGGAAGCCUAGCAAUUAUUCGUGGCCCUUGGCAGCUGUCACACCACCUACAAUAGCGAAUGCCAUAGCCACUCAAGGCGCAACAAUAACACCGACCAGCACAAACAGAGCCACUAACAAUCAAUCGGCACAAAAUCAUAUUUCUUUGCUGCCGUCCUCUAGUUCGGCCGCACCGACACCUCCCGUCGGCGGUUUAGAUUUGCAUGCAGCGGUUGCUGGUGAAGCCACACACAGUUUUGACGGCACACUAAAGUCACCCGAUCAACAACAAACGGCGGCGGUACACUCACCUUCAUCGCAGCAGCAACACCAACAGCACCAGCGACAUUCAACCACUGCAAAUCAUCUGAGUAGUCAGCAACAACACCAACAGCAGCAGCAGCAAUCACACGCACUACAAAGUUUGCAUUCCUCCGCCUCGACGCCCAGUUCGCCCACAGCGGCCAGUGCCGCUGCAGCUGCAGCAGCAACAGCGGCCGCAGCCGUUGCCGCAACCAUGCCCAUCGGUGGAGUGCAGGGCCAAAAUCCCACGCAGGGUUUGGUGCAUUGGAUGAGUGCCGUUAUGGCUGAGCAUAUGACUGGGCAAACACAUCACGAUCCGACGGCAGUGGGUAUGCAUUACAUGUGGAAUGGUAAUGUGGAUUGUGGACAACAUGGCAAAGAAAUUGCUGACUAUAAUGGUUGGCCAUCCGCUGCAGCCACACGCAGCCACAUGUCGGCCAUCAAACAAGGAUAUGAGGCCAAGAUGAAUGACCAUCACAGCAAUUUGCAAAAAGGUCACUUCCUCGAUGACAGCCGCCUCAUAGAUCAUCACAGUGCCGUCACCCCUCAGGGUAAUCACAGCGCCAGCAUGGCGACAGCUGCCACAAUUUAUGGCCCCAGUGCCGCACUACGUGCCGUUGCCACAUCGAAUAGCAGUUCACCUGCAGGAGGCGGAGGUAAUGGUGUAGGCGGUGGUGGCAGCGGAAGUUUAGUAAGCGCUGCCGGCGGUCUAGGACUUAUCGGCUCAGGAAACAGUAAUUUGGGUAGCAGCGGUGGUGUUGGUGGUGGCGGUCUCGUUGGGCUUGGCGGUGCGAGUAUUGGCGGCAUACCACAUCAUGCAGCAACAGCUGGCAAUCACAUGGCUCAUCAUCAUAGCGCUUCAGCGGCGGCUUUGCUGGUUGUACCACAGCCGAUUAAUGCGAGUAAAAUGAAUGCAGCAAUAGGAGGCAGUGGCGGCGGCACGGGCAGAAAAUAUCAGUGCAAAAUGUGUCCCCAGGUGAGUUCAAAUUACAAGAAAAUUUAG